GACCUGGGACAAACUGAUUGGACUAACUCCACUCUAGCCCACAUCAAAAGCAUAGACUACGAUGUCCUCCUCUUACCGGGUGAUCUAUCCUAUGCCAAUGGACACCAACCCCUUUGGGACUCGUUUGGCCGGAUUGUCGAACCCUUGGCGAGCCACCGCCCCUGGAUGGUCACAGAGGGCAACCACGAAGUCGAAAUCUCUCCCGUCGUUUCCCCAACCGGGUUCAAAGCCUUCAAUGCCAGGUGGCAAAUGCCGUACAGAGAGAGCGGAUCCACCUCGAACUUGUACUACUCUUUUGAAGUCGCUGGCACCCACAUCAUCAUGCUUGGGUCCUACGCUGAGUUUGACACCAAAUCGAAGCAGUACGCGUGGCUUGUAGCCGAUUUGGCAAAGAUUGAUAGGAAGAAAACGCCGUGGGUUGUUGUGGUAUUGCAUGCACCGUGGUAUAAUACCAACACUGCUCAUCAGGGUGAAGGAGAGAGCAUGAGAAUAGCUAUGGAGAAGUUGCUGUAUAAGGCACGGGUUGAUCUGGUUUAUUCAGGGCACGUUCAUGCCUAUGAGCGAUUUACUAGGGUGUACAAUAAUGAGGCUGACCCAUGUGGUCCCGUCCAUGUGACCAUCGGCGACGGUGGGAACCGAGAAGGAUUGGCAUUAAUGUUCGAAGACCCCCCUUCUCCUCUGUCCUUGUACAGAGAACCGAGUUUUGGACAUGGACGACUCAAGAUAGUGAAUGAAACACACGCCGUUUGGGGAUGGCAUCGCAACCAGGACUCAAACUUUGUUGUAAAAGACCAAGUCUGGCUACAAAGUUUGAGCUCCUCUAAAAUAUGCUCCAAAUCUGCGGACCUGGAAAUUUCACCGUCAUCGAAGGAUGAAUUAUAAGCACACAUGAAGCCAAGUAAUAUUCUUAGUUCUACGUACAUCGCGUUGUUUCUAGCAAAGAUUGAUGGAAGACUACAAUGUUUCCGACUAAAAGAGCAUAUAAAAGCUUUUGUAAGUUAAGCGAGAAUACAUAACAUUCACCCUCAAAGAGCCGGGGAAACAUGGUGGAGGAAACUGAAAGGAUAUCUGAAAGUUCUCAGUGAACUUCUUAUUUGUUGCGUAUCAUUACUGUA